UAAGUUAUUUAUUAUUUUACGAAACUAGAUAAACUUAACUAACCAUAACAAACUUAAGCAACAAACAAGCACCAAGGCUUUCCUUUCUCACCACCCGAACUGAACUCUUUCAAAAUAAUAGCAGACAUGUCAUCAAAUUGUAUUUUUAUUGGUAGACCUAUAAAACAUGAAGGCAAUUGUUUACGACCAAAUCGUCGUUGCUUACUUUCUAUGAUAUUGGGCCUCUUAAUAGGCUUCUGUUUAGCCAAUUUUUUAGUUUUAAACACAUCGUCCCAUCUGCCGAGUAAGAGGCACAGAUAUGCUAUUGUUAAUGAUAAAUAUGCUAGUCGUAAUCUUAGCGAUGCCUCUGGACCCGAGUUGGAUGUGGGUUUUCACAAACAUAAGCAAGAAAACAGUUCAGUGGCACAAAAAUUAUACAGUGAGGUACGUGUUCUAUGUUGGAUCAUGACAAAUCCUGAAAAUCACAAAACCAAAGCACGACAUGUCAAGCGUACCUGGGGUAAACGCUGCAAUAAAUUAUUGAUAAUGAGUUCAGAAGAGGAUAAAGUUUUAGGCACUGUAGCUUUGACGGUUUCCGAGGGUCGUAAUAAUUUGUGGGCCAAAACGAAAGAGGCCUUUAAAUAUAUUUACGAACAUCAUUUAAAUGAUGCCGAUUGGUUUUAUAAAGCUGAUGAUGAUACUUAUGCGAUUGUAGAGAAUUUACGUUAUCUAUUAUAUCCCUAUAAUCCCGAAACUCCCAUAUAUUUUGGUUGCAAAUUUAAACCGUUUGUUAAGCAGGGCUAUAUGUCCGGUGGUGCUGGCUAUGUUUUGAGUAAAGAAGCUGUGCGGCGUUUUGUGAAACAGGCCAUACCCAAUAAGGAAUUGUGUCGUGCGGACAAUGAUGGCGACGAGGAUGUGGAAAUUGGCAAAUGUUUGCAAAAUGUUAAUGUAACCGCUGGCGAUUCACGUGACCAUCAAGCGAGAGGUAGAUUUUUCCCCUUCAUUCCAGACGAUCAUUUAAUACCCAGUAGUGAUAAACAAUUUUGGUACUGGAGUUAUAUUUACUACAAGACUGAUGAGGGUCUUGACUGCUGUUCAGAUUAUGCCAUUUCAUUUCAUUAUGUGUCACCGAAUGCAAUGUAUGUUUACGACUAUUUAAUCUAUCACUUAAGGCCAUAUGGCCUAAUUAAUGCUAUGGAACCACUACCGGGAAAAUUAAAAGUCAGUGAAACAGAAGCACCUCCUGUGGAACCGGAGAAACAAAGUCAAACAGUGGAGUCUUAAAUUUUGUAUUUAGUGUUAUAACUUUUGUUUAUGUAUUGUGCAUAUUGAUUUAUAACUUAGUAAGCUUUUAGAAAACAAGUAAGAGUUCUAUAAUUGGCUGUGCGAAUCUUAUAUACCCUUCAAAUAAUGUGU